UCUCGGACCUGCCCCCUGCCCUGAGUCCCUGACCAGCCACCUUUCUCUCUCUCUCUCUCUCCCGCGCCUCCGCCGCAGCCAUGAGCCACUCCAGCAGCAUCCGCGCCACCUCGUACCGCCGCACGUUUGGGCCACCCCCGAUGCUGUCGCCGGUGUCCUACUCGUCCCGCCUGGCCGCGUCCUCUUCGGCCACGCGGCUGCUGAGCGCGACCUCGCCGGGGGCCUCGCUGCGCACUUACCGCGGCGCCGGCAGCAGCGGCGGCGCCUUGUUCUUGCGCUCCAGCACGCCGGCGGUGGUGCCGUCCUCGCGCUACGCCUACAGCAGCGCGGAGAAGCUGGACUUCUCGGUGGCCGAUGCCCUGAACCAGGAGUUCCUGGCCACGCGGAGCAACGAGAAGCAGGAGCUGCAGGAGCUCAACGACCGCUUCGCCAGCUUCAUCGAGAAAGUGCGCUACUUGGAGACGCAGAACGCCGCCCUGCUGGCCGAGCUGAGCCAGAGCCGCGCCCAGGAGCCCACCCGCGCCGGAGACCUCUUCCAGGACGAGCUCCGUGAGCUGCGCAGGCAGGUGGACGGGCUAGGCAAGGACCGCGACCGGCUGCAGGUCGAGAGGGACAACCUGGCCGAGGACUUGGCCGCUCUCAAGCAGAGGAUGGAUGAGGAAAUGCACAAGCGAGAGGAUGCUGAGAAUAACCUGGUUCUGUUCCGCAAGGAUGUGGAUGAUGCCACCCUUUCACGCUUGGAGCUGGAGCGCAAGAUUGAAUCCCUCAUGGAUGAAAUUGAAUUUCUCAAGAAACUACAUGAAGAGGAGCUGCAAGACAUGCAGGUGAGCAUCCACAGCCAGCAGCAGGUGCAAGUGGAGGUGGAGCAGGCCAAGCCGGACCUGACGGCCGCUCUGCGAGAGAUCCGCACCCAGUACGAGAGCAUCGCUGUCAAGAAUCUGCAGGAGUCGGAAGACUGGUACAAAUCCAAGUUUGCUGACCUGUCGGACGCAGCCAACCGGAACCAUGAGGCCCUCCGCCAGGCGAAGCACGAGAUGAAUGAAUCCCGGCGCCAGAUCCAGAGUCUCACCUGCGAGGUGGAUGGGCUCAAAGGAACCAACGAAGCCUUGCUGAGGCAAAUGCGGGAUAUGGAGGACCAAUACGGGGCUGAGAUGGGCUCGUACCAGGACACAGUGUCACGGCUGGAGCAGGAGAUCCAUCACAUGAAGGAAGAGAUGGCUCGGCACCUGCGAGAAUACCAGGAUCUGCUGAACGUUAAGAUGGCUCUUGACAUUGAGAUAGCCACCUACCGCAAGCUGCUGGAAGGGGAGGAGAGCCGGAUUGCUGUGCCUGUCCAAUCCAUGGCAUCACUGAGCAUCAAAACAACAAUUUCAGAACCGGAGCCAACUGUAGAGACCCACACCAGGAAGACAGUGUUGAUCAAAACUAUUGAGACCCGAGAUGGGGAGGUGGUGACUGAAUCAAGGAAAGAGCAGAGAGCUGAGAUAGAGAAGUGAAGUCAGCCACGCCGGGCGACUUCCCCAUGCCGUGGAGAUGGGCACUAAAGCAAACCAAUGUGCAGAAGUCCCAGCAGCAGAUCCCCAUUUCUUCACCAAGCCGCACUGGCCUUACUUACUUAGGAGGAGGACGAUACCUCUUGCCUCCGUCAGCCUUCCCACACUGCUCCAGGCUUCCUGAGCCAGCUCCACCCUUUUGUGUGCACCUCUAGCCUUCCUGGGGGCAGCCUGGCUGUGAUCCCAGCAAUAAACACACACGGGCUGGGGUGUGGGGGCACUGCCCUCCUGCCCUCCUCUUCCACUGCCUCCUACCUCUCUCUACCACACAGUCUCUCCUCUUGCCCAGUAAGGUCCCAUCCCACCCCAUAUUGUCAUGGAGGAGAGACAGGUUGCCUUCCUGUAAAGCACCAUGCACUGAUCCACAUCAGCACAGGUUUGCCAGAUACGUUUAGAUUCAAACGCUGAGAAGGAGGAGGAGGAGGUCCACCGAUCAUGGUGGCUGUCCGAGCUCUUGAUGUCUGGCAGGUUUAGCUAGGGACACCAACCCAGAAACACCAAAGAGGACCGAAAGCUUGGUCAUCGCCAUCUAACUCCGUGAGCUGACCACUUGAGACCAAUCACUGCUCUCACAGAGUCUCAACAGGGAACAACCUUAAUCAAGAUUAUAACGAAGAGCUAUGUAUCAUUAUGUCCCCAGUUCAAAUUUUACCUCUGCCGUGAACUCACUUGGUGACCUUAGGUAGGUAAGCCAGUCUCCCUCUCCCCCUCCCUCUCUGUAACAUGGGCAGAAUAACACUUGACUUAUUUUACAGGGUUAUUGUAAGGAUGAUGAUGAGAUAAAUGCAUGUGAAGUGUUUUGGAUACUUGAAUGUGAUAGGCCGGGGUGGGCAACUUGUGGCCUUCCAAACGUUGGGCCUACACCUCCCAUCAGCCCUCACCCUUGGUUGUGUUGGCAAGGGCUGAUGGCAGUUCUAGGCCAAAGCAUCUGGAGAGCCCACAGUUGCCCACCCCUGUGGUAGAUAAAUGCUAGGUAUUAUUCUUUAAGGACACAGUCCUAUAAUUGCCUGAGAGUAGACUCCAUUAAAUUCAGUGGGACUUAGUUCUAGGUAGAUGUGCAU